UUAGCUUUUGUAAGUGAAAAGAAGCUAGGACAAGUUUUCGUGAUAUUUAUUCGAAAAAGCUGAAAUGGAUUGUAGCUUUUUCAACAAAUCGGAGCCAGGGUCCUGGCAGUCCGAGAGAGCUGCAGAGGCCAAGUUAGGCAAGCUAAAGCACAAUCGUAGUGCUGCCAAGGAACCUAAAUUAUCACUAAUGAAUACGGGCAUAAAGCGCAGAAAGUCGUUGGGAAUACACCAGUUGUCCAGAUUGAUGGUGCCUAAGAGCGCUGUGAAGGUGCUCAAGGAAUUCAAGGGCAUUUCGCUCGGUGACUUUGAAAUAACCAGCGGAGGCGAGGGUGGAUUUAAGGCCAGCAUCAACUUCAACUCUAAGAUAUACGUGGCCAAUGGCCGUUCUAAGAAGUUGGCCAAGGAACGGGUUUGCGAGUUAGCGCUACGCGAUUAUUUCAAGUCUAAAAUGGCUCAAUCCAAUGAGAAUGGCUCCGAUGAGGAAGAAAACGACAAAGAUUUGGCCAUGCUCAAGUUGGCCUCAUUUGCCAUACACAAGCUGUACGCCGACUGGGAGUGUCAGGAUAAACCGGAGACCAAAAAGGAUACGUCGAACGCCUUGCGAAAGGAACUGCCAGCCAAUUGGGAUAAUAUGCAUCCAGCCAGCGUGCUGGACCUUAUGCGACCGGGACUCAAGUAUGAGUGCCUCGUGGUGAACAAUGGACAAAACGGAAUCGUGCAUCGCAUGAUCAUCACCGUCGACGAUCAACAGUUUACCGCCGUCGGACGUUCCAAGAAGCUGGCACGUCGCAUGGUGGCCACCAGAGUGUGCAACACUUUAUUCAACACCAAUUUCAAGUACUAAAAUAUCCCAUAUAUCAAUAUAAAUGA